AGAAGACGACAGGGGGCAGUAAUCGGUUUCGUUCUUCAGGAACAACAGGAGCUAAAGAAGAGCGCUUGCAACGUCGUGUGAUGACGCUUCACGAGUAACGUCAGAGGAAGUUAUUCCAGUAAAUUCGCGUUAACUAACAACUUAAAAUCACUGAAGCAUCAUCAACUCGAACGUUAAAACAGAGCAGUUUUUAAUCAAAGCGUCAACCUUUUUCUCACCACCACCAUGAUGAUGAUGAUGGACGAGGACCAGCCCAAGACACUGUAUGUCGGGAACCUCUCCAGGGACGUCACGGAGGCCCUCAUCCUGCAAGUGUUCUCCCAGAUCGGCCCCUGCAAGAACUGUAAAAUGAUAAUUGAUACGGCAGGAAAUGACCCGUACUGCUUUGUGGAGUUCUAUGAGAACAGACAUGCGGCUGCAGCUUUGGCUGCCAUGAACGGCAGGAAGAUCUUAGGAAAGGAUAUGAAAGUUAACUGGGCCUCAAUGCCGGGCAGUCAGAAGAAAGACACAAGCAAUCAUUUCCACGUGUUUGUCGGUGACCUGAGCCCAGAAAUCUCAACAGAUGAUGUCAGAGCAGCCUUUGCUCCGUUUGGAAAAAUAUCUGAUGCCCGUGUGGUGAAGGAUCUGGCCACGGGAAAAUCUAAAGGAUAUGGUUUCAUCUCAUUUAUUAAUAAAUGGGAUGCAGAAAAUGCUAUUCAGCAAAUGAAUGGUCAGUGGCUGGGAGGCAGACAGAUCAGAACAAACUGGGCCACAAGGAAGCCAUCAGCUCCUAAGUCAAACAAUGAAGGCAACAGCAAACACUUGUCCUAUGAGGAGGUUCUGAACCAGUCGAGUCCUAGUAACUGCACCGUCUAUUGUGGUGGCAUUGCUUCUGGCCUUUCAGAUCAGCUGAUGAGACAGACUUUCUCUCCAUUCGGGCAGAUAAUGGAGAUCAGGGUUUUCCCGGAGAAAGGCUACUCAUUUGUGAGGUUUGACUCUCAUGAGGGUGCUGCCCAUGCCAUAGUGUCUGUAAAUGGGACCUGCAUUGAGGGCCACAUUGUAAAGUGCUACUGGGGCAAAGAAACGGCUGAUGUAAGAUCCAUGCAACAGAUGCAAAUGCCCCAGAAUAAACCCACCUAUGCGGCCCAGCCUUACGGACAGUGGGGUCAGUCAUAUGGCAAUGGUCAGCAGAUGGGUCAGUAUGUGCCCAACGGCUGGCAGAUGCCCACUUACGGCGUCUAUGGGCAGGCCUGGAAUCAGCAGGGAUAUAAAUAAGUACAGAUGUGGCUGACUAAUCCCUCAGUCCAAUCAUUAAACCCCACUUCAGUGUGGAAUCUGCCCAAUGGGACUCACCAUUACACCAGUUCAGGGGUUGUUGAAAGGGCUGCAUUCAGCCCACUGUACAUUAUACGCAGACCAUUAACUUGGAAGGAAUCCUGUCUUUUUCUUUUUUUGCUGUUUUUAGGCCCCAGGAUUUUUUUUGUUUUCAGAUUUUCUUUUAAAACCUACUGCAUUUCGGGGACUUUAAUUGUCUAGUUUUGCAACAGAUGGAUUGUCUUUUCAAUGUGUUGAAUUUGCAGGCUCAAUUUAGCUCACACCUCGAAUGGUGUAGAAAGUUUGAGGUCUAAUAUACUGCACUCUUUGUAUAGAGUUCUUGUCUCUAAAACGGAUUUGUUCACAUCUUUCAUUUUUGUUUUGUCGGUAUGACUAUGCUUUUUUUUUUUUGCUUUUUUUUUUUUUUUUUUUUUACAAGAAAGUAAAAAAAUAUAUGAGAUGCGUGAUCGAAUAUCUUAAUCGAAUAUAAAAUAUUUUAUCUCAUGACGUCUAGUGAUAAAGGUAUUCUGCAUUUAUAGAGGAGAUUAUUCUGUGGCCUUGAGGUUUCAGGAACUUCUUGAAGUUUUGGACAAUUACUAAAGCUUUUAACAAGUUGUAUUAACACAGAGGUGCAGAAAACAUGCUUCCUUUUUUGUUUAAUUUAAAUGUUAGACUUAAUUUUGUAAUAUGGAAUUUUUGGCUCAAUUUUCUUUUUAGCUCAAUUUUUAAAACCAAUUUUUUUUUUUUUUUCACUUCAUGUUUUUUACAAAAUCAUGUUUUCUCAGAUCAUUUGAGGGCGUGACAGCACAGUGGCUAAUCCGCGUUAAUGGCAGUGCUGCAGCCUCUUUGUAAAGAUUUUUGUAAUUCUGUGUAAAAUGAGGUUGUGAAUUAUUUCUUUAAAUCUUGUAAAUUCAGGGUUUGUUUAACAUCUGUAAUGUAACGAUGCAUGAUUAUUCUGAGCUCUGUUCUUGUUACGGUCUCUUGUAAAACCCAUAAAAACGUGUUCAUUACGA